GUUUCCGGAAUUCACCCAUAGUCUGGGCCGAGAGGAAAAGGCUCUUCCCCCUCCCGUUCUUAGUUGUUUCGGAUGUUUCCGGCUCUUACCGGCGGAAAGAGCCGAGGGCUGGCGGUGGUGGCGGCCAUGUUGGGAGCAGCAGGUCCGGCGGCGGCUGCCUGUGUGUCGGGCGCGGAGCAGUGCGGCUGAGGGCAGGGGAGGAGCGAGGCAGGCGGCCGGCUGCGGCGGUUGAGAGUAGGCGGAGCGGCGCGGCCCGGCCGAAAGGCGGCACAACCCAGCCGGGGGUCGGGGGGGGGGUGCGGUCCGGAGCCGCUCGGAGCCGGCGAGGCCUAGCCCGAGCGGUGCAUCACCGGGCUGGCGUGAGCCAUCGCCCGGCCUCCCCGCACCCCCGGCCGGGGCCCAUGCAGCGGGUGCUCCUGCUGUGAGAAGCCCCGCCCGGCCGGGCUCCUAGCCUUCCCUUCCCUAUCUUCCUCCAAGCUUCUCCAUUCCCUCCCCUGAGAUACCGGCGCCAUGUCCAGCGCUCGGACCCCCCUACCCACGCUGAACGAAAGGGACACGGAGCAGCCCACCUUGGGACACCUUGAUUCCAAGCCCAGCAGUAAGUCCAACAUGCUGCGGGGCCGCAACUCAGCCACCUCUGCUGACGAGCAGCCCCAUAUUGGCAACUACCGGCUCCUUAAGACCAUUGGCAAGGGAAACUUCGCCAAGGUGAAGUUGGCCCGGCACAUCCUGACGGGGAAAGAGGUAGCUGUGAAGAUCAUUGACAAGACUCAGCUGAACUCCUCCAGCCUGCAGAAACUGUUCCGAGAAGUAAGAAUAAUGAAGGUUUUGAAUCAUCCCAACAUAGUUAAGUUAUUUGAAGUGAUCGAGACUGAGAAGACUCUCUACCUUGUCAUGGAGUAUGCCAGCGGCGGAGAGGUGUUUGAUUACCUAGUGGCCCAUGGCAGGAUGAAAGAAAAAGAAGCUCGAGCCAAAUUCCGCCAGAUAGUGUCUGCUGUGCAGUACUGUCACCAGAAGUUUAUUGUUCAUAGAGAUCUAAAGGCAGAAAACCUGCUCCUGGACGCUGAUAUGAACAUCAAGAUUGCAGACUUUGGCUUUAGCAACGAAUUCACCUUUGGGAACAAGCUGGAUACUUUCUGUGGCAGUCCUCCUUAUGCUGCCCCAGAACUUUUCCAAGGCAAAAAGUAUGAUGGUCCUGAGGUAGACGUCUGGAGCCUCGGAGUCAUCCUCUAUACACUGGUCAGCGGGUCCCUGCCUUUCGAUGGACAGAACCUCAAGGAGCUACGGGAACGGGUACUGAGGGGGAAAUACCGUAUUCCAUUCUACAUGUCCACGGACUGUGAAAAUCUGCUUAAGAAAUUUCUCAUACUUAAUCCUAGUAAGAGAGGCACUUUAGAGCAAAUUAUGAAAGAUCGGUGGAUGAACGUGGGCCAUGAGGACGAUGAGCUAAAGCCUUAUGUGGAACCUCUCCCUGACUACAAGGAUCCCCGGCGGACAGAGUUGAUGGUGUCAAUGGGUUACACACGGGAAGAGAUCCAGGACUCGCUGGUAGGCCAGAGGUACAACGAGGUGAUGGCUACCUAUCUGCUCCUUGGCUACAAGAGCUCUGAGCUGGAAGGUGAUACCAUCACUUUGAAGCCCCGGCCUUCAGCUGAUCUAACCAACAGCAGCGCCCCAUCUCCGUCCCACAAGGUUCAGCGCAGCGUCUCUGCCAACCCCAAGCAACGACGCUCCAGUGACCAGGCCGUCCCUGCCAUUCCCACCUCGAAUUCCUACUCUAAGAAGACUCAGAGUAACAACGCGGAAAAUAAGCGGCCUGAGGAAGAGACAGGGCGGAAAGCCAGCAGCACCGCCAAAGUGCCUGCCAGCCCCCUGCCUGGCCUGGACAGGAAGAAGAGCACUCCUACCCCCUCCACGAACAGCGUCCUUUCCACCAGCACAAACCGAAGCAGGAACUCCCCACUUUUGGACAGGGCCAGCCUUGGCCAGGCCUCCGUCCAGAAUGGUAAAGACAGCCUAACCAUGCCAGGGUCCCGGGCCUCCACGGCUUCUGCUUCUGCCGCAGUCUCUGCGGCCCGGCCCCGCCAGCACCAGAAAUCCAUGUCUGCCUCCGUACACCCCAACAAGGCCUCUGGGUUGCCCCCCACGGAGAGUAACUGUGAGGUGCCUCGGCCCAGCACAGCCCCCCAGCGUGUCCCUGUCGCCUCCCCCUCCGCCCACAACAUCAGCAGCAGUAGUGGAGCCCCAGACCGAACUAAUUUCCCGCGGGGUGUGUCCAGUCGAAGCACCUUCCACGCUGGGCAGCUCCGACAGGUGCGGGACCAGCAGAAUCUGCCCUACGGUGUGACCCCAGCCUCUCCCUCUGGCCAUAGCCAGGGACGGCGGGGGGCCUCUGGCAGCAUCUUCAGCAAGUUCACCUCCAAGUUUGUCCGCAGAAAUCUGUCUUUCAGGUUUGCCAGAAGAUGUCGCCUGAGCCUGCCAAAGAGCCAAGAGCUGGAUAUUCUCAGGCAGGGGUCAUUCUGCCGCCAGGCCCUGGUGGAACAGCAGGAGGCCCACACCCUGCUCCUGCAUCUCCCUUCCUGGGACAGAGCCUGGCUUGUUCAGCCUGGCCAUGUCCUCUGCAGGCCUAGGAACCUGAAUGAACCUGAAAGCAAAGACCGGGUGGAGACGCUCAGACCUCACGUGGUAGGCGGUGGAGGCACUGACAAGGACAAGGAGGAGUUUCGGGAGGCCAAGCCUCGCUCCCUGCGCUUCACCUGGAGCAUGAAGACCACGAGCUCUAUGGAGCCCAAUGAGAUGAUGCGGGAGAUCCGCAAGGUGCUGGACGCCAACAGCUGCCAAAGCGAGCUGCACGAGCGGUACAUGCUGCUGUGCGUGCAUGGCACACCAGGCCACGAGAACUUUGUGCAGUGGGAGAUGGAGGUGUGCAAACUGCCCCGGCUAUCUCUCAACGGUGUUCGGUUUAAGCGGAUAUCGGGCACUUCCAUGGCCUUCAAAAACAUUGCCUCCAAAAUAGCCAAUGAGCUGAAGCUUUAACAGGCUGUCAGGAGGGGCAGCAGAGGCCCACCAGUGGACUUGGCUGCUUGGGCCAACCCUGCAUCCCCCUGGGAGAAACUGCAGGAUGAAUUGGUGUGUCUCCCCUGCUGGCACUUGUCCCCUUCAAGGCCCUUCUCAAGUUUUUUCUUCCAUGUUUGUGGGGGAUGGGAAGUGGUUCUCCUUCCCACAUUCACCCCUGCCCAGAGGUCCCUCCCUUCCCCUUUCCCCCUACAGGAGGCAAAGGAAGGGGAGUGGGCGGGGGGGGGGCAGGGCUCCCCCUCGGUACUGCGGUUGCACAGAGUAUUUCGCCUAAACCAAGAAAAUUUUUAUUACCAAAAAAAAACAAAAAAAACAAAAAAAAAAACAAAACCCAGCGGCCACCUUUCCUCCCUGCCCCAUUGGGACAGUCAAGACUGGAUCUGUGGGGCUCCUGGGAGGGUGGCUCAGGGCUGGAACACUCUCAGGCAAGAGUGGUGGAGUUCCCUGGCAGGCCCUCCGCCAGGCCCACUUUGGGCUUCUCCCCUCUCCCCACUUCUUUCCCCCUUCAAGCGACCCACCAGAGGUGGCCUUCCCCUGCCCCCAAGCCCUUGGGCUACAGGCCUACACUGAGGCCCAGUGGGGGUACUGCACAGCCUGGAGAGGGUGGGCGGUGGGACCCUGGCUCCCUCCACACCAUAUCCUCUGUCCUUUCCCAGAGCUGGGCACUUCCUUCAAUGAGCUGCUGUGGGGACAUGGUUCCCCUUCUCAGAAGUCUGUGCCAUCUUCUCCCACCUCUCCGGGUGGAAGGCAGGCGGGCUGACCCCGGUACUGGUAGAGGGGAGGGGAAUGGGCCAUGGGCUCUCAGCCCCCAGGGGGCAGCUUGGGAACAGGGACACAAGCUUCUCCGUUCUGCGUCUUUGUCUGAAAGCACAGCCCCUCACCAUCCCCACUGCUUCCCCUUCCUUGGCAUUAAUCUGGGCACCGGUCUCAUCUCACAGCCUUGCCUUUUCUUCCUGGCAUUGCCGCCCCUCCUCUCAGGAGACUGUCCAGGGCCCCCAUGGCUGCCUGGCGGAAGGCUGGAUUGGGCGGCAGAGCCAGGAGUCUCUUGUCCUCCACAGGGUGGGGCAAAUUAACUCCUGCUUGAUAACCUCCGAGGCCAGUGUGAGAAUGGGUGACUGUAGGCGCUUGGCUGGUGGUGGCCCCUGCAUCCCUUAAUUUAUUUCUCUGCUUUCAGUUCUUGAGAAAUUGGGGAAGUCCUACAGAGGCUGCCCCUGCCCUCACCUGAGUUGUACAUUUAUUUUGGGAUGGGUUAUUUUUUAUUUUUAUUAUUAUUAUUGGUUUUUUUUUGUUUGUUUUUUUGAUUUAUGACAAUUCCACUCUUGGCCCCAGUUGUUGUCCUGUCACUCCUUUCCCUGUCCAUCACCCUGGCUCCCAGGCCAGGCUCAGCAACAUAUUGAGUCUUGGGUUCCAGGAAUAAACCUUGCCAACCUCAACCCUCCAGACCCAUGCUCCACUGGCUAUGGCUCAGACCAAGGGCUCCUCCUCUCCCCUCUUGCCCUAUGGAACAGCCCGGGUGCUCCAAGGGAGCCAGGAGGGCAUGGCUUGGCUCCCAAGAUAAGGGGUCGGGGCCAGGACACCCAGGCAAGGUGGCUCCUCCCUGCCUAGCCCCCUCUCCCCCACCCUGCACUUAGUUUCUCCUCUGGAUCAAACACGUAAUAAAGAGAAUGUUUGGAAUCUGA